AUGAAGGUGGUUACCGAUUGUUUCUGGGACGGGAAGGUUUUAACUCCCGGAUUCAGAUUUCAUCCGACGGACGAGGAGCUCGUGCUUUACUAUCUGAAGAAAAAGAUCUGCUGCAAACCACACCGUCUGGAUGUGAUCGGCGAUCUGGACGUUUACAAAUGUGACCCGGAGGAGUUGCCUGGGAUGUCAAAACUAAAAACAGGUGAUAGACAAUGGUACUUCUUUAGUCCCAGGGAUAGAAAAUACCCGAAUCGAGCAAGGUCCAACCGAGGCACAAAGCACGGGUACUGGAAAGCGACUGGCAAGGACCGCAUCAUCACAUGCAGUUCUCGUGCAGUUGGAUUAAAGAAGACCUUAGUUUUUUACAGAGGCCGUGCACCAAGCGGGGAUCGUACAGACUGGGUCAUGCAUGAAUAUACUAUGGACGAGGAGGAGCUGAGGAGGUGCAAGACCGUUAAGGAAUAUUAUGCCCUGUACAAGGUCUAUAAGAAGAGUGGCCCCGGUCCUAAAAAUGGAGAGGAAUAUGGUGCACCCUUUAAUGAAGAGGAAUGGGAAGACGAUGGGGAUGAAACUCAGUGCACUGUCGAGAAAGAGAAUCCUUUAAUGAAUGCUACUGCUAAUGAGGCUGUUCAUGAAAAUAAUAGUGGCAAUGUUAAUGGUCAUCUUGUGUCCUCAUUGGAGGAUGAUCUCGAGGAGAUGAUGAAAAGGAUGACGGACGAGCCUAUCCCUCUUCAGACCCUAGUUGCUGAUGAAAACGGGUAUACUUUGGUACAGUUCACGGGUGAGGUCGAGGCUGUUAGUAACUCAAUUGACUAUUCUUGUAGAGAUUUUCCUUUACCCGUGAUGCAGCAUUCACAGCCUUCAUGGCAGCAGCAGCUGAAUGGGUCAGCAGCUAAUUUUGAUCUUUCACAGUCGGGAAUUGGUGGAUUAUUACCCUUCAGGGAGCCACCCGAGGUCUUAUCAAACCCGGUUGUGGUAGGUACACGUGAAAUUGAAGAGGAUUUCAAUGAAGAUUUUUUUGAAAUGGAUGAUCUGAGUGGCCCGGUUCUGACCUCACAAGGUACUGAUGAUCUUGUGUACAAUGAUCCUCAGGGGCUGUUGCUUGAUGGGUUUGACCUUUAUCAGGAUGCCCUUUGUGAUCUUGGCCCAGUCAACUCGAGGGAGGUUUCUCGACCCCCCCAGAUGAAUAGUUUUGUUGACAAUGGAAGUCAGAACGUGAUCUCGAGGUCGCCGUUGAACAUUCUCGAGAAUCCAAGAGCGAGUUACCUGAUGGAGCAAGAAUUUAAUGACCUGGAAGGGGUCGCUUAUCAAAUGUGGACAGAUAAGCAAAGUUGCAGUUUCUUAAGCGGUGCUGAGGCAAAUGAGGGACUCUUUCCUUCCCAAUCUUCAGGUCUAUUGCAUCAAAAUCAAGACAACGGUCUGCAAAAUCAAUCGAGUGGAGCAAAUGAAAAUGGGAGUCGGAAAGAGGAUGAUGGUGAAGACUCAUGGUUCUCGUCUGCUGUGUGGUCCUUUUUGGACACUAUACCAACAACUCCUGCUUCAGCUUCCGAGAAUGCGUUGGUAAAUAGGGCUUUUGAGCGAAUGUCGUGCUUCGGUAAGGUAAGAAUAAAUGGCAGACACAUGAAUGUUGCUGCAGGCAAUGCCUUGGCAACUACCAGAAGAGUGACGGGAACCGGAUUGAAGAGACGGGCAAACUCAUACUUUAUUUCGCUCACCAACAUGAUCUAG